AAAAAAUGACCAUUUCCAACAUGACACUGGUCAAAAUAGCUGCUAUAGGGGGAAUGGCAACUGUAACAAUGGGCUUAGCGUUAAGAUUUCAAACAAACAAUAAAAUUAAAGAGUCGCCAUUCUGUAAAGAAGCGUUAAAAGAAGUGCGUUCACACAAAGCUGCCGUUCACUUGCUUGGGGAGCCAAUAAAGGAUAGAAUGAUUAGAGUGGACGAGAGGGCAAAAAAUUAUGUCAUAGACAAUAGUGGCAAAUACGAGAUUCCCCUGUCAGGGUCAAAGCGAAAGGGUGUUUUACAUUUGUGGCUUAAUAGAAAUGAUGAUAAAAGUGAUUGGGAUAUACAGAGAAUGGAAUUGGGGGUUGAUAAUCAACCCGAUAAAAGAUUGAUUUUAAAAUCUUAAUACAUGUAUGGUUUUUUUAUUAAGGAUAUUUAAUAUAGCUG